GAAAGCGCCGAGGGGGUUGGCUCGGUGAGCCGCGUGCAGGAAGUGCGCUGAAGCAGCAGUAGCAGCAGCUCCGGGAGCGGCAUGGCGGCGGCGGGGAUGAAGAGAAAGCAGCAGAGGCAGCGCGGAGCUUCCGCUUCGGGCUCAACGGCGGGGGGCGCAGCGCGCAAGAAGCGCAAGGUCAGUGGGGAGUGCGGGAAGUGGGGGGGGGGAGGGGAGAGCGGCCGAGCUCCCCAUCCCGGGGCGCCGCGUGGCUGAAUUACUUGGCGACAUGCUCUCCCCUUUCGGCCGUCGGGCUCGUUUAAGGGGUCCCCCCUCCACUGCCCUAAGCAAGUUAUUCUCACGGGGGCAGAGACCAAGGGUGAGGAGGGUGGUGGGGAUAGCACCACGUGCUCGUUUCCAAAACAGUAAGGAAUAGGGUGGGAUGAGCACCAGCAACUGUGCAGUGAGCCUUAGCAAGUUUACUCGCGAGGAAGUUCACUGGUUUCAGUCGAGCAUGUUGCUCUUUUCGCUAGCGGCCUUAAGCGGUACUCGAGGGUGCCUCGCAGGCUUAAAUUACUUGUUAAAUAAGCAGUAGGGGUCACGAUUCUGUCGUUUGAGAACUUGCCAUUGGCUUUGUACUUCAUAUCCGUACUUUGGUAGUUAUGAGAAUCCAGAGAGAGAAUUUUGCAUGUAGAAUGGGUUUUGGUUGCACAAUUAGUCAGUUCUCCAGCUACUAGUCAUUGGCCAUCUUUACCACUUAAAACUCCUGUUCCUCAAUACUGUAUAGCAAUGCUUCAUCUUAGUAGACUUGCAAUUGCUUUCUGAAAUGAUUGUUUUACUUCCUAGCUCCCUGCUGCCGAUGAGAAAGCGUGGCAGAAAGCUGGCUCUAAGCUGAAUGAGGAGAUUUCCAGCGAUUCUGAACCAGACACGUAAGGAUAUGCAUUGGUCUCCCUCUGUAGCUUAGAAGGAAAGAUGCAUGAUCUUGAAUAAAGAUGCAUGUUCUCAGAAAAAUGAAUUCAGAGAACCAGACUUGGUAUGAAUCCCCUCCCUAAGGGGGGUAAGAUAAUAAGAGAGUUGGGUGAGAAAAUUGUGUUCUCCUUGCUGCAAAGCAGGCUGUUAUGUUCUUGUAUAGGUCUAGACAUUUGUGUAAUACUUUGCAGUGUAGCUCGCAGGGAUUCUUGGAACACAACCCUUUCUUGACCCUUAGGGGACACUGUGGGAGAACUCCUCUGAGAUUGUGAGAAUGUUAUUUCUAGCUAAUGGAUGAUUGUAAGAGCCUUAUGGGUUGUAUCUUUCCCACCUGUAGCCCAGCAAGAAAAAAGAACAAUGAAGCAGCAGAUGAAAUUGAGGAGACAGCACAAGAAAAGAAACUAAGAUUAGCAAAGUUAUAUCUGGAGCAGCUUCGACAGCAAGGUGAGAUGUUGGAUAUGUUGUGAUAUAACAUGACUGCAAACUCUGUGAAGUAUUGUAAAACAUCAACCAAGAUGGUUUUAAAAAGUAAGAGAAUCUGGAAUGAAGAGUGAAAGCUCCUAUGAGAAGCUCAUGGUCUUUUUUUAAAAACAUUGAUGUAGAGGAAAUGAUUGCAGAAAUUUACUAAGACAGUAUAGCUUAGCUUGCUGACAUAUCUCAACUCUUUGACUUUUAGAAUCUGCUUAAGAGAAGCAAUUUUUAAGAAGUGUGUUGGGAAGGGAGAUUGGUUUGGGGUACUUGUUCUCCUCAAAGUGUCUGGAGUGGCCUGUUUGGGGUCAAUUCCUGUGGUUAUGCAAACAAACAACUCUGAUUCUCUUUGCCACAGCCACUUUAUCUGAUAAGCCAGCUUUUGCCAGGGAACUGGUACACCCAGCAAUUUCAAGUGGCAGCCAUGCAUUUGUGGGAUAUGUACAAAUUGACCCCUAGUACCUUGACGAAUGGCUCUUCUAGGACAGUAUUCUUCAAUCCUUGGGUUGGUGGACUGAACUCCUGUCAUUCCCCAAUUAGUUUAGUCAAUGGCUGGUGAUGGUAGGAGUUGUGGGUUGCAUUCAGGCAGCACUUUAUUACAUUUAUUACAUUUUCUUUACUUUGUAAUUGCUGUGUGUUACGUGAUCUGGAAAUCUAACAGAAUGUAGUGGAAGUUUCAUGCUGAUUUCCAUGCUAAUUGCUUCCAGAAAAAAUAGUUUGUGUUGUAAUUUACCCACUGUUUGUCACGCUUCACACUAUGUGAUGAAAUUUAGGAUGGUUUUCCAGCCACGGCAAUUCUUUCCCAUAGUUUUCAUGGGUGAAUCAGGAACAGAAACACACAUGUACAUCAAGACAUUCACAUGUUCAAUGACAUUCACUCUUUGAAGCCUUGGGUCUUAUGCCCUGUUUGUAUGUGUUUCCCUGAGCAGAAGAGGAAAAAGCUGAAGAAGAGGCCUUUGAGAAGGACCUGGUUGCCGGCCGGCUGAAGGAAGAUGUGGUGAGUAGGAUACUGUACUUGGUAAAAAGGUGCUGGGCUUCAGAAGGGCAGAGGAGAGGCAGAUUUUCUCAGCUAAUGAAUAAGCUUUAAUGGGGUAUUUUCAUUAGAGAGUAAAAGAGAAAUUCCUUCCACGUUGUAGCUGCUGACUGGGGGCUUGGCCCCUUCAACAGGCCCUCUUCCACAUAGUAGCAAGAAGCUGGUUGGUAAGCAGGAAAAUCAGCAGUCCAUCUCUGCCUACCCAUGCUUGCCUUUCAAACAGCAAGUGGAAACGGACAGCAAGGGCUGUUGUUGAUGGUGUGUGUGUGUGUGUGUGUGUGUGUGUGUACACACACACAUACAGUUUCCCACUCCUAUCUUAAAGCAUAUUUAGCAUGCUCUUUUUGGAAUUUAGUCAAUUCCCCUCCCAUACUCACGAAGUAGCGCGCUGAGACUUUUCCAGUCGAGUGAAGUAUGAGGGCUGGCUGCGUAAGGGAUCUGGCAGUCGGGGUCACCAGAUGUUGGAAUGAAUCCACGACAGACGAGUGGCAGGUGUCAUAUGAUAGGUAUCUGCAGGGGCGAGCCCCGGGAACUCUUUUUUAUUGAAUAUUACAAACAUUGCCACAGGUGUGCUUGUGGCUGAUUGGUUGAUACAAACACAAAGCAACUUGUUGCUGAUUGGUUAACAUAGGUACAAGGCGGGAAUUACAUAUAACCAUUUAUCACUGAUAGAUUAAAGGCUGGGAAACGGAGCUGGAACUAGACAGGCAUGAAACCUCCUAAUUAAAUUAUAACUAAAGAUUAAUAUAGUAUGACUUGAAAGAACAUAACAUGAAAGAAUACAACAAUCACGUUCCGUAGAUGUGGUCAGCAAUGCAUUAAGAACAGAUCAUAUUGUUUGUUCAUGAACUUGAAAUGAACUGAGGAAUGAGAGAAUGUCUUGGUGUGUUUAGAACAGGUUUGUACAGUGUGUGCAGAAGCAGAGAAAAGAUUAUGAGCGAGACUUCCCAGAAUGCAAGAGAAAAGAAGCCAUAGUUCUCAUAGCAAGACUUCCCAUAAUGCCACAGUUAUGUGCAGAAAGAGAACUGCAGAAAGAGAACUUCCCUUUAUUCUCUACGUAGUUUACAAUCAGCUAAUUGCAGGGAGCAGGAUAGAAGCAGAGGAAGAAAGUGAUCAUUAAAGCACUGAGGCAGACAGAGGAAAAUGGAAAGUGCAGAGAAUCAACAUUUCCCCCCUGCAUGUUGCCCCCACUUUUCAGAGGUCCUGCGCUUCCAACACAGGGGCAUGCAUAGUACCCUACAGUACCACAGCAACCAGACUGGGAAGCUUCCUGUAGGGUCACCCUACCUUAUAAUCCUCUGAUGAUGGGUCUACCAGGGUGAGUUCGCACUUUAAGAGCCCAUAGUCCUUGUCCACUGGGUGUGGGACCUCUUCCACCUUCAUUUCCUCCUUUUCUUCCUCUUCCUUCCUCUUCUGGGCCUGCAUACUCUGGUCACGUUCAGUAUCUGCCAGUACCUAUCAGGAAAGGGAACCAAUCUUCACAAACACUGGUGGUGGGAGGAACCAUUUGACGCUUACACUGCCAUCCUAUGUGAGCCUCACUUCCAAGUAAACAUAUCUAGGACUGUGCUAUUGGUAGCCCAUUUCAGCUAGGGAAAUCUCAUUGGUGCUCUAGCUUGAAAUCAAAAGGGGGGAAGGUUAAGGUUUUUCAUAUGUUUUCAAUAUUGCUAUUGGGGGUGGUGUGUGUGUGUGUGUGUGUGUGAGAGAGAGAGAGAGAGAGAGAGAGAGAAUGAAUUCAAUAGUGUUUCUUUGUUUUUGGUUGUUAGUUUGCUAAUGUUAAUAUUGUUUUGUAGAUUAUGAAUGCUGUAGUGCUUUGUGAAUCUUAUAAUAUGACUUGUGGUUGUGCUGCUUGGCUAUGUUUGAGUUGCUUUGUUAGUGUUUUAUAAAAGGUGGUUGUUUUACAGAAGAUUUCUAAUUGCUUUACUGAGGAUUUGUUAUUUUAUAUGAUUUAUGUUUUAAUUGCGAUGUUCUAUUAUGUUAUUGCUGUUUAUUGUUUGUGAGCUGCUUUGUCAAUUGUGUGAGUGAAAUGCCACACAGAAAUGUAACGAAUGAAAUGAAAUGAGGAAAGAGAGACUCUUGAACUCAAGAGUGGAAGCGAUUAUUAACCCUGAAGGCUGCACCCACUAAGCAGCCAUUUUGAGUACUGAGGGCUUAUAGUGCAAAAUCAUAACUGGACCAGAGUUAUUGGCCUUUUUGUUUUGUGAGUUCUCAAGAUUAUACCCUUCAGUUUUGAAAGGCUGCAGCUUGUUGGCAGAACAGCUGCAUGCAGAUGGUCCAUCACAGGGAGCUGCUGCCAAUCAGUGUAGACAACAUGGAGCUACAUGGACAAAAGGUCUGACUUGGCAUAAGGCAGCUUCUGUGUUUCCAUUGUUUUCAGGUAAGGCUAUGGCUUAAUGGUAGAACAUCUGCUUUCCAUGCAGAAGGUCCCUGGUUCGAUCUCCGGGUAGGGUUGGGAAUGUUCCCAUCUGAAACCCCGGGGAGCUGCAGUUAUUCAGGGUCAGCAGUACUCAGCUGCUAGAUGGAUUCAUGGUCUGACUCAGUAUAAGGCAGAUUCCUAUGUUCCUUUCUUUUUGUUGUGGUCUCAGCUCUCAUUCCUAUAGUACUAAACACUGCAGUAGCUGGGACAGAGCAACAGGGGUUCUUUACCUUUUUACCUUUACUAAACACUGCAAAUUGAACUGCUAUAAAGGCUUCCAUUAUUAUGUUUAAUAUUAAAAUAUUUAGUCUGCUAUCUUUUAGCACAAGUGGAAAAAGACUGUGCAAUAGACACAGCAUGGGACCAAGUGAGCAGAACCUAUGGCCACUGGAGCUCUCUCUCAAACAUUUAAAACACAUUUCUGGCCAAUUACCCACACACCAUUUUUCUCAUUUGACAGGGUCAUUGGGCAGCUUUGGGCCCCAGACAGAACCUGUGGCUGUCAGAGCAGGUAAGGAAGCGUAGCAGUACAGAAUUUUUGUGGCAGCGAGGAUACUUCAUUGCUGCGUAGGCAAGACCUUGGUCUCAGUCUGAGCAUGCAGGACUCUUGACGGAGCCUUCCACAGCGCAGAGAUGUCUCUUGCUCUAAUGGCGGGGGGAUUGGCCCAGUACUCGGAGCUCCUUACCAGCAGCAUGUCCUUCUUGGCUUGGACAACCUCCUGAGUGCUGAUGGGUGGAGGCCGAGCCCGGCCAAAGUUGUGGGGGAUGAUGGUGUAGAAGCGAGAGGAGAGCUCCUCCAGCUGCUCCUGUGAAGGCGGCUGCUUCUGCAGUGCUGUCUCAAUGGCCUCCAGAGCUUCAAGGCCUUUGGCAAUUUGCUGCUUGCUCAGUUUCCCCAGGGGCAUCUUCUUCACAUCUGGGAAAGGGGAUUAAAAAGGGUGACAUGAGGAAGUUUGGCAGAGAUCAGUGUAACAACUCUGUGGACUUCCAAGAAUCCUACAAAUCAGUAGCUGAAACCACCCGGAUCAGAACGCCACUACAGUACUUAGUUCAAUUCAUGCCCCUUUUCACUCUAUAACCGAACCACUUUCUGCUCUUCCCAGGUUGGUCUUCAUUUGUGACCAAGGACCAAAGAAUCAAAUCUCAACAGUACAGGUGACCUGAACUUCUCUCCAUCUCCCUCCUCCCCAUAACCGAGUUUUCUCUCACUAAUUGGUUUAGCUUGAUGUUGUUACAACUAUAUAUACCAGCUUUCUCUAUUAGCCAAAUGGAUAGCAAACCACAAUAAACAGAUAAUGUAUGUUUGAUGCCAAGAGCAGGCAAGAUGGAUAUAUCAUAGAGUUCGGAGAGACUCCAGGGUCAUCUAGACCCUGCAAUGCAGGAAUCUCAGCUAAAGCAGCCAUGACAGGUGGCCAUCCAACCUCUGCUUAGAAACCUCCAAGGAAGGAGAGUCCACCGCCUCUCAUGGGAGUCUGUUCCGCUGCCAAACAGUUCUUACAGUCAGAAAGUUUUUUUUUAAUGUUUAGUCGGACUCUCCUUUCUUGUAACUUGAAGCCAUUGGGUGCUUCUCCCACCUGCUGCAAAGCAAACAACAACAACCCAACCCACCACCAAAAGAUCCCUUGACCCUUUACCUAAAUUCAUGGUCUGCAUGGCAUCCUCAAACGUGUCAUUGCUGAAGUUGAGCGAGACCAGCUCCUGAGUAGCCUUGUCCAAGGUGCAGGGCCGUAUCCUUUGCUUGGAUAGCUUCACUCCAUCUACACUGUCCACCUUGGAAACAGCAAAGAACCAACCUGGGUCUGGAUAUACACACAAUUCAGCUUCUUCUAGUGGGGCUGAACUUCACCCUUAGAUUCACAGUAGGACACACAAGCUUUUACCUGGCAGUGAACACCUUUCAAAAUAACAGGACUUAAGCAAACACCCUUGAGCAAAUGGACCUGCACAUGGAAAUGCUAACUGACUUCCAUUAACUUCACCAACCCUGACGCAGUUCACUCACUGCAAGAGAUUAUCCAUGUUCUCUAACUCACACAGACCUUGAAAACCUGCAGGAGUCCUCUAAAUCACUGAUAACUGGGAGAUAGACUGUGAUUAGGCUGCUAGGAUAACUUUGUGAGGAUUGGAUUGGUGAUCGAAGAUCGCACACAGCCUCAACCAGGAGCCUUAACCAGGUGAUAGCGCUCUGCCCGGCUACUGACAGCACUGUUGCCUCUUACUAAUGGUGUGGGGCACAGACAGAAUGGCGGCUUGGUUGGGCUGUGCAGGCACACCAGCAGAACUCAUCUGGCACUCUCAGCGCCAGAUUCAGCUUAGUAGUCCCGCCAGUUGAAGCCCACCCAAGUACUUUUGCUAGUGCAAUGGGGCUUUCCACCUCCUUCCCUCCCCCGGCACCCCUGGGUCUGAUGGGCAUCAGGGGAACCCCUGGAACAGUGGGUGAGAGAGAGGAAAGGGAAGAUAAUUCAAUCAGGCAAGCAGAGAUGCUUAAUGCUAUGCUGAACUCCUUCAGUCGCUGGUCGGCCCACAGGAGGUGCCUGGUGCUAUAAUGCCCAGGGAUCAACCAUCUGGCUCUCCAAAUGAUGCCUCCCAUUGGUCCUUGGGCCAAAGCUAUGGUGUGUGUAUGGGUAUGCAAGGACAGGGACCAGAUUCUCCCAGACACAUCCCAGGUCUCUUCCCUGAACUUUGUGCUUUCGUUUCAAAAAGUCCACAGCACCAUAUGUUCUGAAAGAACCAAAAAACCAUAUGGACAGUAAUGAAUAAGAAGUAAACCCACUCCUGGGCUUAGCGUGUUCUGGAUACUGUGUGUCAAAGUAUUGGGACGACUGAUAAAGAAGCACUGGACCACUAUUUUUUAGUUUGAUUAAUCUAUUACUUAUUUUACCAUGCUGAUUUACCGUGCAAUCUUAGGUAUGCUUACAGAGAAGUUGCAUUCAAUUCAAUAGGACUCUCUUGCAAGUCGGAUUGCACUGCCAGCAAAUCAACUAACCUAAUUUUAAAUGUAUUAGUCUAGACUGUUUGCAAUUAGGCUUUGUUUGUUUCUGCUGUUUUGCACUGACUUAUGCCUCUCCCCAGUGUGCCAGUCUGCUCCCAGUGUAUUCCUUGGCUCAGUACCUUCACAGUCACCUCCUGCUCCUCUUCAUCAUCUGCAUGUUGCACCUCAAUCAAGGUGUACUUGCCAUCGUGAGCCACAAAGUUCUCCCGGUCACCCCAGCUGUUCUUGGUCUUAUCCCGAAAUUUCUUCUCAAAAUCCUUCUUGGCCGCCUCCAAGGAUGGAAAGGCGUUGAGUUUUGACUGCCCUACUUCUCCCUGCAAGCAACGAGAGGAAAGGAAACACACAUCAGCAAGAGACAGAAACUUCUGCAUCUUCUCCCACGUAUCUUGUGCUUCCUUUCUUAGUCCUGCAAUGAAAGAAGGGCAGGAAAGGAUGGGCAGGGACACGGCCAUCCUCACAGGCAGGAAAACUCAUACCUUCCACAAAGUAGGGUAACCUAUAGAGGGGGACAUGUCCUUGCAUGCAAUUGUACACUUUAGGAGGACAUCUUGCAUCAUCUUGUCUGCUGGCAUAUAUUGGUUCUGAAGGGAUCACAACCUCUUUGUAGAAAGCACAAUCCACCAAUCCAGCCUUUGAUACACGUUCUUCCACCAAGCUUCAGCCCUUCGCAGAGGAAACAGAGAGCCUGCCAAUUGCAUGCACAGUGAGUCUCUGGUGCAGGCUUCUCUGUUGUACACAACGGUUCCCUGAAGUCCUUAAUCUCCACUUUGAAGUGGAGGUAGAUUUCCUUGCCCACUUAGUCCCAUUUGCAUUCUUUGCUCCCAGUCUUAGGGUGUUUGAUCCUCCAUCCUGCCCCACCUUCUGUAAGUGCAGCAUAUUUUAGAAAGGUGAAAAUAAUCCAGGAGUGACUUCUCUUGAUGUCUGAGCAACGAUGAAUUGUAAUAAAUAUAAAGUGCCUCCAGAGUGGAAACUCAAUUUAGGUCAUUAGCAGCUGGAGUCUGGAGGCACACAGAUUUAUCACCUGGAUGUCUCAGAGAUGCUUUUACAAAAAGAAAGAGAAAAAUACUGCCCAAGAGCCAUUUUAGCAUUUGAGGCUGCCAUCUUCUAGCCACUUGUUUAUGAUUACCCUAGUGCACUGCAAGAGACUUACAGAGUAGAUAAAAUCAUUCUCUAUUUUUCCUGUUACCUCUAUUUCUUACAGCACCUCAAGAUUCUCAUAAAAGUUUUAGUGAAGUAGCUAAUAACAUGUGCCUAAUUCUAUAUUUCUUUUUUCUCUCCCCACUCCUUCUCCCUUUCUCAUUUUGCCUGGAAUUUUCUCAGAUCAGCAUCUGUUCCCAAAUAUUGGAAUCUCUCUCCAACAAAAGCAAAGGCAUAUGACGAUAAAAUUAUCCUACUGAUUUGCACUGUUCUACAAGGUUUGGGAUGCACCUCCUAGAGCCAUAUAUUCUUCUUGUACCAGGUCCUCUAAUCAACUUGGCUUUCAGGUUUUUAGCAUGGGUAUGUAAACAGCUGUACAUAUUGUUCCUCUUUAAAUAUUUUAUACCCAUUUUUUCCCUACUGUAAAGGAAUUUUUUUAUUAGUUUUUAUUGAAUGCUUGUCAUCUGUUUACAAGGGACGCGGGUGGCGCUGUGGGUUAAACCACAGAGCCUAGGACUUGCCGAUCAGAAGGUCGGCGGUUCGAAUCCCCGUGACGGGGUGAGCUUCUGUUGCUCGGUCCCAGCUCCUCCCAACCUAGCAGUUCAAAAGCACUUCAAAGUGCAAGUAGAUAAAUAGGUACUGCUCUGGCGGGAAGGUAAACGGCGUUUCCGUGUGCUGCUCUGGUUCGCCAGAAGCGGCUUAGUCAUGCUGGCCACAUGACCUGGAAGCUGUAUGCCAGCUCCCUCGGCCAAUAAAGCGAGAUGAGCGCGGCAACCCCAGAGUUGGUCAUGACUGGACCUAAUGGUCAGGGGUCCCUUUAUCUUUACCUUUGUCAUCUGUUUAUGGAGGCAGUUCUGGCCAGGGGACUCAAAAGGUUGUAGAAGGUGCAACAGGUCAGCACAGGAAACUAACCUGCGGGUGGAAUGAAGCUUAGUUACCAUGUCCAUGUGUGAGUGUGUGUGGGUGGGUGCGUGGGGGGAGAGAGAGUAACUUAGCAAAACUGUGUUCUCCUCCCGACAACCUGUUUAUUGAGCAUUCAUCUCAAUUUGCUUGCAAACAAAUCCUUCUGAUUAUAUGACAAUGAGGAUUCAUCCUUAUCUGUUUGCAGGGAAGUCAUAUCCCUGCCUGUCCAUCUGUUGUUACCCAACACUUUAUAGUGCAUUUCUCUGUCACUUUCCUAACUGCGAAAGACAUUUAUAUAUCUAUAUCUGUAUCUAUAUCAUUUAAAAAAGUGGUUUUGUUGCACCUGAGCACUUGAAUCCACUUUCAUUGUGCAAACCUAAAUUUACAGUGUGCCUGUGUCUGGAGUUGGCUUCUACUGUCUUUCUGAUUGACUAGGAGGCUGGAAUGAUGAAUCAUACAUAUAAAUGAUGCUGGCAAACAAGCAGAGAGUGAUGGGAGAGCUAGGAAACAGAAAAAGUCACAGUUGCUGAGAAUCCAGAUUCCAGGGACAAAAGAAGCUGAGCUGAAAGCACUGAGGUUAACUGGGGCACUGCCAAUGAAUUAGGAUGGAGCAAAAGGAAUUCCUUUAUUAUUUGGUCUUAAGCUAAAGUAGGGAAGCAGUUUGUAUAAGCCUUACGUAGAUAGACUAUAAAAAUAGCAUGGGGGGAAAAUGCAUCUAAUUGCUCUUAUCGGCAACUGCUAAAACCACAGGAGCGGCUAAGUUAGCUGGUUUGUUCAUCUGCUCCUCAUGGAGAAGGUUGCAGCCAUGCUACUAUAAUGUCAGCUACAGCGAGUACGGAAAGUUAAAGCUAUUGUUAGUUUCUGUUUGCCAUCUCUAUUUAUGUCAAAUUAUUCAGAAGGGGUUUCUUUUGGCUUGGAUGUUCCUUGACAGCAGCCAUGAGAUUUCUUCCUAGCAUCAACUUAUAGAGAUCUUUUUCCUUCCCCGCCACCCCAGCUAGAGCAUAGAGGGCCACUCUGGAAUACACAGGCAUGUAUUUGCGUUCUCUGAAGAACAGCAAUGGGCCUAUCAGAGCUAUUAGCCUCUGGAAUAAGAGAAAGCUAGCUACUAACUUCAGCUCCUUACCUUGGUCUCCAGAGAAGUAUGUUUUGUGUUUCCGCCUAAAAGCCCAAGGAUAGGGGGAGAAAGUGUGUCUCUAUGUGGCACUCACUGUAGAGUGUAUUUGGUAUGCAAACAAAGCAAGAGGGGAGGAGGACAUGUGGUGAAAAUUAGCAAAAGGGUGGCGGGAAAGAGCCUAUUGUGAUGGAUGACUCAGUACAGCUCCCACUCCAGGUUCUCAAGCACAGAGUCCCUGCCAAGUUAUGACAACCUAAUUCCAGGAAUAAAAGCCUUUUGAACUCGAGCCUUGGAGGAAGAAAAGACAACUGGGAGAGAACAAUCCUAGCCACCCACACCCUCAACAGUCAGGUAGGCAAAUAAACUUGGGUCUAAAGGCCUGACAUAAAGAGGGUUUCACCCAAGGGGGCACAUCAGGUCAAGACAAACUUAAUCAGCUUGCAUUUAUGUCUGCCUCACAGGUUACAAUAAAAGGCUGCUUUAAGCUGGACACACAGCUGAAAGUUUUACUCAGAGGAGACGUCUUGAAAUGAAUGGUCCUAACUUAGUCACGUUCAUUAAUCUCAAGGGGUCAACUCUGAGUCUCUCUUAGUAGAAUACCACCCAAUGUUCCUUAAAAGAGAUCCCCCCCACAUCAGAAAAUGCUGGAUCCCAACUCCCAAUAGGUUGUCAGGGAUGACAGGAGCUGCAGUUUAGCAAACCUGGACACUCUUGAGGUCUCCCAUCUCUGCCUAUAGCUUCAACAAACACUAUUGCCCUGGUUACAAAAUUGCAGCUUGGGGAACCGGGACACGUCCUAGGAGUUCUACUGAGAAAAUUAAUUAAGGCUGCAGUCAGACACCCACCAAAGACCCACUUGAUCCAAAGGGACUUCUGAAAAGACAUUUGUGGGAUUGCAACCAUGGCUGUUAGGAAAUCUCAACUGCUGAAUUACGUUGCAAUUUAACAACAACAACCACCUGAUCAACAUAAGAUGUAAACAUUUCUUUCUCAAGAGCACAUUGUCUCAAUGUUCUCUGUAUCGAUUAGUUUACCGCAAGCUCAUGUCUAAUUUUAAUAGAUAACUGAAGAAUGAACUUGUGCAAUUUUGCCAUUGCAACACAGGUCUGGAAGAAGCAAACAAUUGCCUUGCACUGAUUCUCCAAGGUCACUGGCCUCUUACUAGAUUAAACGCAAACAGCUAGCAAAACAAACUUCAGGGGGAUGGCUCUGAGUGCCCACAAGCUUAUUUGAGCCAAGAGCACCAGGAGCUGCACCAGCGAGCUCUGGAUGGGAAGUGUGCUUAAGCUCCCAGUCAUUCCUUCGCAGUAACGCUUUUGCCUCUUCACAGUUUGGGUUAAAACGGCCCCCUGGACCUAGUCAGGCUUGCAGGUCACCUCUGACAUCUAGUGACUAUUGCUGUUCUGUGUUCCACAAGGGCAUAGCCAGGAGACAGCUGCCCCUCAAAUCAAGUAAAUAAAUAAAAACACUUAACUGACUGAUCGCAACGCAGGUAGCUCAGUUCUGCCCCCCGAAACAUAAAUCUGGCUGCGCCCAUGGUGUUUCGCCUUGUUAAUUUAAAAUGUUUUGCAAUAUUAAGAAAGCAGGGCAAAUAAAAGGGAGAAAUGUGUGGCAGUGCCAUUAGCCCAAAGCAUGGUGUCCUCAAGAUGCUGCUAUGCUACAGCUUCCAUGAUCUCUGACCUUUGGGCCACACUUGCUGGGGCUGAUGGGAGUUGUAGUCUUAACAGCAUAUGGAGGGCACCCUGUUUGGCUACUCCAGGCUCAACAGGGAGUCAUUUUAGAAGAGCGUACCUGGAUUAGACCAAAGGUCUGAAACACAGGACUUUAUUACUACUGGAAAAAGGCUUGUUUCCUCCCCCCAAUCGCAAAUGCUCAGAAGCCGCAGACCAAGAGAGCUGCACACUGUGGCCAUCCUACCUAUUACCCUGAAGUGGUAACACACUGCUCCAAGACAAUUAUUUUGUGAAACCAUUAUCUGUGACAAGUCUGCUGAAACACUGCACCUGAUAUACCAACAGCUCCAGGCUAAGCGAAGCGAGAAUCCACAUUACCAGGCUAAAGGUGUUUACAACCUUGUAAACAGUUUUAUGGCAGCAGCAGUAGUCAGCCUGCUUCAGCAUAAGAACUGGAUGAUCUCAGCUCUGUAGCCACUUAACCCCAGGGAAUCUUGUACCACUUAAAUGGUGCCCAGAGGCCCCAACACUUAGGUGUCAUGUAUGUGAAAUUAUUCCUAUUCCUUUCCUUAGUUCCAACUCCUGCUCAUUCGACUUUCUUGACUCACUCUCUCCUGUGUCUCAAUGGUCAAUGAGGAAUGGUAUUUUCCAGACUUUCUUAAUGCUAGGCCCGCCACCUCGUAGCUUUUAACCAACCUGGGGAAUAUUAAGCAAUAAAUAUGGCUAGGAACAUUAAUAGCAAGCACAGGGUCUGGAUGGGUUAUGGCUCUGCAAAAUGUCAUUCAGGAAACAUUGCUGGAAGAGUUAAAGCUUUCUUUUAAAUUGGCUAAGGUUUGGGCUAUCUUUCCCCCUUUAUUCCAGUGCUAGGCAUCACUAUCCACAGCUGUAUAUAAUUGUGUCAGUCUUAGAGAGAUGAAGACCCCCACCCACACAGAUUUUUGAGAAAAGAACGACUGCAGGGGUCAUCCUGAGGGCAAGCUACUCACCACACGGCCCCAGCGGUUCCAACAGCUGUACUUCCCAUUCUGUUCUAUGAGUUGGAUGAUGUAGAACUUGUUGUUAUUGUGGCCAAUGUUGGUCUGGUUCAGCAUGCAGUCGUAGUCCUCGUGAAUCUAAAAUCAUAACAGGCAACAUGAACGCCCCUAAGACACCCACAGCAACCUCUGUGUGGCUAAAUUCCAGCCUGUGAUUGACAUGUGGCAAAACGGGAGGACAAUCAGAGCCCAGCACUUAAAGAGUACUGCAAGAACUAACAAAUACCAAGUGCUAUAAUAAAGUCUAGGCUGGAAUCCAAGAGGAUAAAUUCCUAGUCUGGCUGGACUCUCCCAAUGGCAUCCUCACCUUGAUUAGUAGUUUUUGCUAAAAGAUCUAUGCAGUAGACAAAUGGGCAGAAGGGGUCCUGAAGGACAGAACACUGUCCAAUCCUAAUACGGCUCGGGGGGGGCGGGGCGGGGGGCACGACGAAAAUUUUUGGUUCCAUUAAUUUCCCCCCUCCUCUACUUGGGUCAGGCAUAGGCAAACUCAGCCCUCCAGAUGUUUUUCGCCUACAACUCCCAUGAUCCCUAGCUAGCAGGACCAGUGGUCAGGGAUGAUGGGAAUUGUAGUCUCAAAACAUCUGGAGGGCCAGGUUUGCCUAUGCCUGACUUGGGACAUGCAGCCCUGGCUGCCCUGCUAAAGGAAGGCAAAGGAAGCUUCAGGAGAAGAGAGAAGCCUCAAGAUUCCGUGUGUACUUUGACCUUCACUGCCCCACCACAGGUGCCCACAGGAGGACUCCCAUUAUGCUACACUAUCCCGUUGCAGGGCCAGCUGACAGGGGGAAUGACCCCUUCCCCACCCCCCAAUGGAUGCUGGGCACAGGGAACACUUCAGCCAGAGCUUUGCUCUCACCUUGGCGCUAUCAACGUCGCUCAGCUGACAGGCAGAGUCAAUUUUGGCCUUGAGCUUCUCUUUGGGAGCUGCCUUCAGUGCCUCCACGGUGGAGCGGAAACUGUCUUCUUCAGGUUCAGCCUUUAGCUCCGGCUCCUGUUUCACUUUCUUGCCCUUGGCUGCUGCCCUGGUUUGGGCAGGGUCUUUGCACUUUGGUGGCAUCGUUCCCUCCAGAGCCUUACCCUGUUUCCCAAAGGAGUCAGGCUGCUGCUCUUAUUCAACUGCAAAAAAAAAAAAGGGGGGGGGCAGUUAAUUCUUGACUCAGGAGGUCACUAGAAGUACCAGUCCCUAAAUGACCCACACUGACAUUCUCUGUGAUUUCGUUUAAGUGAGAACAGGGAGAAGACUUGUCUACUUCAAACAUUACCAUUAAAUAAAUUUUAUAAAGG